CACAAUCUAUGCAUAUCAGACAACUCCCGCUCUACUUUGUCAACAGAGCAAUGUCGGGCCAACCCCCUCACUCGCCCGUACCCCCGCGGGUGCUCGCGAGCGUGAGCCCCAUCUCGCCGGCACCGUCGACCCCAAGUGCAGUCACCACGCCCGUCAGGUCGUCGCCCGUCCCGGCCAACAAGCUGCCAGUGGUCACGCUCGGCGUGUGCGCCAUGGACGCCAAGGCGCGCUCCAAGGCCAUGCGCGAGAUCCUGACCCGCCUCGUGGAAAACGAGCGCGGCGGCGUCGACGUCAAGAUCUUUGGCGACGUCGUGAUCCUCGAAGAGGACAUCAACCACUGGCCCCAGGUCGACGUGCUCAUCUCGUUUUUCUCGACCGACUUCCCGCUCCCCAAGGCCCUCGCCUACACGCAGAUUCCGAACCGCACGCCGCCGAUCUCGAUCAACUCGCUGGCUAUGCAGUCGCUGCUGUGGGACAGGCGGCUGGUGCUCGCCAUCCUUGACCACAUUGGCGUCGCGACCCCCAAGCGCGCCGAGGUGAACCGCGAUGGCGGACCCCGCAUCCCCCGCCAGCUCCGUCUCCGCGUCCGCAAGGAGCUCGGUCUCGUCCUGCCCGGCCACUUGGCCAAGGACGAGGAGUCGUGGGACCCCGUCGUCGUGCCCGACCGCUGGAAGGGCAAGUCGAAGAAGGAGCCCGUGCCCCGCGGCCGUGAUGUCAUCCUCCGCGAGGACGGUGACGCCAUCAUCAUCAACGGCAAGGUCAUUGAGAAGCCCUUUGUCGAGAAGCCCGUCGAUGGCGAGGACCACAACGUUUACAUCUACUACCGCGGUGGCGGUGGCCGUCGCCUCUUCCGCAAGGUCGGAAACAAGUCGAGCGAGUACGACCCCAACCUCUACCACCCUCGCACGGUCGGCUCCUUCAUCUAUGAGGAGUUCAUCAACGUCGACAAUGCCGAGGACGUCAAGGUCUACACUGUCGGACCAAAGUUCUCGCACGCCGAGACCCGCAAGUCGCCGGUUGUUGACGGCCUCGUUCAGCGCAACGCCGACGGCAAGGAGACUCGCUUUAUCACCAAGCUGUCCACUGACGAGGAGGCGUACGCUCGUGACAUUGUUGAGGCGUUUGGCCAGCGCGUGUGCGGCUUCGACCUCCUUCGCUGCGAGGGCGGCGUCCGCUCCAUGGUGAUCGACGUCAACGGUUGGAGCUUCGUCAAGGGUAACGAGGGCUACUACGACAAGGCUGCCGAGAUCCUCUCGGACGUUUGCCAGGUCGCUCGUGAGCGUAAGGCUGCAUGCCUGCCCAAGGCGGCCCUUAUGCCUCCCCCCACGUCCGUCCCUACGACCUCGAGCACCCUGCGUGCCACGGUCACCGUCUUGCGCCACGCCGACCGCACCCCGAAGAUGAAGCUCAAGUUCACCUUCCCGGCUCACGAGCCCUGGUCGCAGCCUUUCCUCGCCCUCCUCCGAGGACACCGCGAAGAGAUUAUCCUUCGUGACCCCCGCCAGCUCAACUACAUUCUCCUUGCGGCUGAGGAGUCAGAGAAGACUCCAGGCAUCACCCCCGAGAUCCUGCACAAGCUCGAGCAGUUGCGUGAGGUCCUCACCAACAAGAUGUCCCUCACCGGCACCAAGGCGCAGCUCAAGCCCGCGUUCGCCAAGAAGAAGGACGGUGAUGGCAAGGACAAGAAGGACAAGAAGGAUAAGAAGGACAAGGGCGGCUCGGACGACGAGGGCGAGCUCACCGAGACCGAGGCCCGUCAGCGUGUCGACGACUGGCUUAAGCGCGGAACUGUUGGUGGCGGACCCCAGGCAGUGUCCGAUGCCCAGGCCACCGACGCCCCGGUGCCCCACACCCCCGACAUGCGUGCCGUUCUCUCUGGCAACACUGAGAACUACGGUGUCCCUGAGGGUCUUGAGAAGAUGCAGCUGGUGGUCAAGUGGGGUGGUGAGAGCACUCACGCAGCCCGCUACCAGGCGCGCGACCUCGGUGACCAGGUCAAGAAGGACCUCCAGAUCAUGAACAAGGACGUCCUGUCCAACGUCAAGAUCUACACGUCGUCGGAGCGCCGUGUCAUCGUAAGCGUCAACUUGGCAUGCCCCGCUGACGCCAAGAACACCGCCCAGAUCUUCGCCCACGCCCUCUUGGGCCAGGAAGGCUCUCAGCCUGCUACUCCCUCAUCCCGUACGGGCAGUGGGGGCAAUGGUGAUCUGAGCGGUCCGCUUAUCAGCCACCUCAUUCAGCGUCGUGACCUUCUCGACGACAACAACGCAGGCAAGGAGAAGAUGCAGGAGGCCAAGAAGAAGCUCAAGAUUCUGCUCCGCUCCGGCGAGACCGAGAAGCGCUCCGAUCUUGCUUGGCCCAAGAACUUCAAGAAGGAGCCGGUCGAGGUCGUCGCCGAGGUGAUUGAGCAGCUGACCGAGCUUCGUAAGAUCAUGCGUGCCAACUAUGAGAAUGGCAAUGUUGAGCGCAUCCCGCAGCAGCGUUGGUGCUCAGGCGACUCGCCCUGGCUCUUCCGUGAGCGCUGGGAGAAGAUCUUCGAGGACUGGGUCGGCGUCAAGCAGGAGAAGUUUGACCCAUCGCGUGUUUCCGAGCUGUACGACAGCCUCAAAUAUGAUGCUUUGCACAACCGCAACUUCUUGUUCGCCGUCUUCGACCCCGAGGGUAAGGGCCAGUCGAGCAAGCCUGGAAGUGAGCGUCAGGACCGUCGCUUGCACGAGCUGUACGCUCGCGCCAAGGCGCUGUUCGACCUUGUCGGCCCCCAGGAGUAUGGCUUCGACGCGGAGGCCAAGGAGGAGAUUGGCGUGCUCACCUCCUUGCCGCUGCUCCGCAAGGUGUGGGCAGACCUCGAGGAGGCCAAGACGACCGGCAAGAGCCUCGCGAGCUUCUACUUUACCAAGGAGUCGCACAUUACGACCUUUGUGCACCUCCUUCUGGCGUCCGGUCUGCCGUUCACCAACAUCCGAAUCCCCGAGCUCGACUACUGCUCGAAUGUCAACAUUGAGCUGUGGGAGAAGUCGUCAAGCCGCGGCCAGAAGGACUUCUCGAUCCGCGUAUCGAUCUCCGAGGGCGCCCACAGCCCGGCGGUGCUGGACAGCAACGUGGAUGCGCGCCACAGUUUAACUGUGCAGCCGCGCAGAAAGAUGACCUCGCACGUCGACUGGGCGAUUGCUGAAAAGUGCCUCUCCAAGCACUUUGACAAGGGUCUCACAUUCUCCACCACCCCGCUCGAGGGCGACGAGGUGUACCUGAAAAAGGCUAUCCAAGACGAGUCUGUUCUCCCGCUGUCGCUUACGCGUGCUGGCGAGGACACGCCCCGGGGAUUGAGUUCUGCGAGCUCGUACCGCAGUACUGCGAGCGAUGCUGGAUGGUAGUUGUGUGGUGUAGCGC